UCGAAAAUAUACACAUUGGUUUUAACUCCAAAACUAUCAGAGAACCUCCGAGUAAGGAGAUCAAAUUUUGUUGUCAGAAAUCCUCGAUCAAGCGAUUUCGCUGAUAAUUCGGCAUCGAUGACUAGCAGCUGGAGAAGAACAUUGGGGAAUGCGAGGUCUUUCGUUGGAAAUUCCAUGGGAGGUCUCAGAGGAGGACAGAGCAUUGCCUCUUGGGUCGUCGCCGGAACCCUAGCUUAUUUUCUAUGGGUUAAACCAUCCCAGGAUCUCAAAAAGGAGCAAGAGGCUAAGGCAGCUCUUGCGGCGGCUGAUCCGAAUGGGUACAUAGAGAAGAGGAAGCCGAUCCCUGAUCCUCAGAUUACAGGUUUGGUGUAUGGGAACAAGAACAGAAGCGACAAACCUCAGGAUUGAAUUCCGAGAAUUACCAGUUCGUGAUCUUGGAAAGAUUCGACUGGCCAUCUGUCAUCGUAAACAUAUAUUUUGUGGUAUAAUCUUGGGUAUCUAUGUCGCCCUUUUGUUAUGUGAGGUGGUGAGAUCACUGAGAUGUGUUGGCUUGUAAGGAUGAACUGUUAAUCACAUACCAUGUUAGGAAAGAUUUGUCUGAAACUGCAGUUUGUCUGCAAGCUUAAACAUGGUCUCUCCGGGCUUGAAUCUGACAGACCAUGUGAACGUACGAUUGAACUUGUGGUCAUUGUAAGCGUCGUUCGCUGAAAUUUUCUUGUCCGGGUCUCGUUCUUGCAAGCUUAUUAUCAUCACCUGUAUUGUGAAGCAUACAUGCUUCUCGUCUGAUAUCACGUAUCCUUGCCACAGCUCUCUGUGUUGUUUGGA